AUGGCGUCUGCAGUGACCAGCAGCGAGAAGGAGCAGGCCAUCCCUACCAUCGACGCUGACCAAGCGCAUGUGUUGUUGAGCUCUGGCCAUGGCUAUGUGGAUGUCAGGAUGCGGGAGGACUUCGACAAGGCGCAUGCACCCGGUGCUCGGAAUGUUCCCUACUACCUGUCAGUCACGCCGCAAGAAACUAAGUCAGUGAUUGAUUUCGAAUUUAAACUUGCCUGA